AUUUGAGCCAUCAUGUCGAUUAACAGGCACAGUGCUAUAUAAGCGUUAGCAAGUUGACCACUGUUUCCUGGACACGCAAGUUGGACAGACUGCAUUAUCAAGGAGCGAAAGGAUGGUGCGGGUGGUGUUUCUCCACCCAGACCUGGGUAUAGGUGGUGCAGAGAGGCUGGUGGUGGAUGCAGCUGUAGCUCUACGCUCUCGCGGCUGCAGUGUUCAGAUCUGGACGGCCCACCAUGACCCCACACACUGCUUCUCAGAGACACUGGACCCAGACCUGAACGUGGUUUGUGUGGGUGACUGGUUGCCCACCAGUGUGUUUGGGUACCUUCAUGCCCUGUGUGCCUACCUCAGGAUGAUCUACGUAGCUCUCUACCUGGUCUUCCUCAGUGGAGUAGAGUACGACGUGGUCUUCUGUGAUCAGGUGUCGGUGUGUAUCCCGGUCCUGAGGUUGUCUCGUCAGAGGAAAAAGGUUCUGUUCUACUGUCAUUUCCCAGACCAGCUCCUGACCCAGAGAGGCUCAGCUCUGAAAAAGCUCUACCGUGCCCCCAUAGACAGACUGGAGGAACUCACCACUGGCAUGGCUGAUAUGGUUCUGGUGAACAGUUGUUUCACCGCAGGGGUCUUCAGGGAGACCUUCCGUACCCUGGAUGGGGUCCAGACUGACGUCCUCUACCCCUCCCUCAACACACACAGCUUUGACCGGCCCCCUAAGGAGCAGAUGGAGCAGGGUCUGGGGGGCUUGGUCCCUGAGGGCGUGUCCUGCCUUUUCCUGUCCCUGAACCGCUAUGAGAGGAAGAAGAGCCUGGGUCUGGCCCUGGAGAGCCUCUCUUCCCUGAGGGCCCACCUCGCCCCGGGGGACCAGGCAGGACUCCACCUGGUGGUGGCAGGGGGGUAUGACAGCCGCGUCGCUGAGAACGUCCAGCACUACGCUGAGCUGAAGGAGCUAGCGGCACGGCUGGGAGUAGAGGACUCUGUCACCUUCCUGCGCUCUCCUUCAGACAGCCAGAAGGUGGCGCUGUUGCGGGGCAGCGCGGGCGUUCUCUACACGCCCAGCAGAGAGCACUUUGGGAUAGUGCCAGUGGAGGCCAUGUACUGCUGCUGUCCCGUCAUUGCUGUGAGGUCUGGAGGGCCUCUGGAGAGUGUAGGUGACGGGAAGACGGGCUUCCUGUGUGAGCCCACGGCCGAGGCCUUCUCCCUGGCCAUGGAGAAGCUGUUCAGAGACCCCCAGCUCCGUAGAGACAUGGGCCAGGCUGGCAGGAGGCGGGUUCAGGAGAAGUUCUCCCUGGAGGCCUUCUCAGACCAGCUGCACGGGUACAUCCUCAGGCUGACCCAGUGACACCUCUGCUGAGGCAGAGACCGAGACUGGGAUGGGCUGGGGUUGUAGCGUGUUGGGCUAGGGGUGGAGUGUGGUAGCGGAGCAGCUUUCUGUAGAAGUCGCCCAUAAACACAUCUAGGAUCAGUUUACCUUCUCUCAAUCCUAGCUUAAAUCCGAACCAAAGAAUGGGAAACUGACCAGAGAUCAGCAUCUCAUUGGUGCAACUUCAUCCUACUGCAGCUCGAGCCAGGCAGAGGUGGAUGGGCUAGGUAUGUAGGGAUAAAAUUGGUUACUGGAGGACAGAGACGGGGAGGGGGGGUAAUGUAGAGGUGCGAGGACUCUAGACAAUUAGUCAUUGUUCCCCCAGGAGAGGUUGCUGAGGGAAUGGAGGGAUGGAAUCUCGGCUCCAAUUAACGAAAGAGUAACGAGUUUACCCAUACUGCCCCGGGGCUUGUCGGAACAAUACCAGCACCGGCCCUCAGUUCCAGAAGUGUGUGUGUGUGUGUGUGUGUGGGUGACCAAGGGCUUAAUGAACAAGAGCUACACAACCACUAGGAUGGAUCUGUAGUGUUAUACUCGUGCUACUAUGUGUGUUUGCGCAUGCCACCGAGCGCCAUUAGCCAGUUGGCAGCCACAGAUCGAUAAGCAGGAUGUUUGCCACUACCUCUGUCCUCUCAGACCUUAGUUACUUUUCACAAUGAGGGAAUGUUUGGCCUUUACAUUGCUGUUGCUGUCUGUCUCUGGGUUAUUAGGAGAUGUUGCUGUGUGUUGGUUAUUAGGAGAUGUUGCUGUGUGUUGGUUAUUAGGAGAUGUUGCUGUGUGUUGGUUAUUAGGAGAUGUUGCUGUGUGUUGGUUAUUAGGAGAUGUUGCUGUGUGUUGGUUAUUAGGAGUGUGUGUGCUGUAUAGAAGGUCAUGCUGUCUGCUGGUCAGUCUGUUGUUACUGGCCUCUAGAAGAGCUCUUAUUGACAUUCCUCAAGUCUCAAUAAAACAGUCAGAGGACACAUAGCUAGUUUACCAAC